CAAAAUUUCCCUCUUAAAUCAAAAUUUCUUAGACCAAAAUGAAUGGGGUUUUAGUGUAAACGAGGGCUCAUUUUUAUGGGGAAUACAAAGACGUAUUUUUUCUGCCAUAUACGCAGAAUUUCCAAGUUACCCCAAUUUUCCCGCCUGAACUCCCUCCAUUUCCCAUCCCUUAAAUCCCCAAAACCUGAAUCGCCAGAAGAGAUUAGGGCACCAAGAACUGAAGAACCAUUUCAGCUGUAACGCAAUUCCGAGGAUUUUGAACUCAGACCCAGUAAUCUCCAUCGCCGGCGGGUCGAGAAAAAUGGGCAUUCAGGGACUACUGCCAUUGUUGAAAUCGAUAAUGUUGCCCAUUCACAUCAAAGACUUGGAGGGCUGCUGCGUUGCAGUGGACACCUAUUCUUGGCUCCACAAGGGCGCUGUCUCUUGCAGCAGGGAACUCUGCAAGGGCAUUCCCACUUCUAAGCAUAUUAACUAUUGCAUGCAUAGAGUAAACUUGUUGCGGCAUUAUGGUGUUAAGCCUGUUAUGGUGUUUGAUGGAGGAUUUUUGCCGAUGAAGGGUGAGCAAGAGACUAAGCGUGCAAGGUCAAGGAAGGAAAGCCUAUCUCGGGCCAUUGAGCAUGAAGCUAAUGGAAAUCAGACUGCUGCUUAUGAGUGCUACCAAAAGGCCGUUGACAUAUCACCUUCAGUGGCUUAUGACCUGAUACAGGUCUUAAAAAAGGAAAGUGUACGCUAUGUUGUGGCCCCAUAUGAGGCAGAUGCUGAAAUGACCUUACUGGCUGUCAGCAAACAGGUUGACGCAGUUAUAACAGAGGACUCAGAUUUAAUCGCCUUUGGUUGUCCUAGAAUCAUUUACAAAAUGGACAAGUAUGGGCAAGGAGUUGAAUUCCAGUUCUCCAUGCUGAGACAGAACAAGGAGUUAAACUUUACUGGUUUCACAAAGCAGAUGGUUCUUGAAAUGUGCAUAUUGAGUGGAUGUGACUAUUUACAGUCUUUGCCUGGGAUGGGCUUAAAAAGGGCGCAUGCGUUGAUCAAGAAGUUCAGAAGUUAUGACAAGGUUAUUAAACACUUGAAAUACAAUACUGUUGCAGUUCCUCCACUUUAUGAGGAAUCUUUCAAGAAAGCAAUUAUGACUUUCCUGCAUCAAAGGGUUUAUGAUCCUGUUUCCGAAGCUCUAGUUCACUUAUCUGACAUACCUGAUGGCACUGAUGAAGAUCUUGAGUUCCUAGGCCCAUAUCCUUUCAAAAGCCUGCAUAUUUCAUUCUAAAUAUAUCUGAAAAGCGUAUAUUUCAAUUUCGUUUUGAAUCUAUUUGUCUUGUACCUUAACCCACAAUACAGUGCUAACCCCAGAAGUAGCUACGGGUAUAGCUAAUGGUGAGCUUGAUCCUUUAACUAAAAUGCCAUUUCAGAAAGAUAUCAGUGGUGAUGAAUUGUACUA